UGUUGCUGCUAACUUGCUAUAUUAAAUGCAACGAAAACUCCUUUGCUUGUUGUUCUUUUAAGUUUUAAGCUUUUCGGGAGCAUGUUAAUCUCUUGUUUGUCUGCUUUGCUUGUUUUCUUGAACUUUAUGAUUCUUGUUUAUCAUGAUUUUCUAUUUGGAUUGGACUUGUUUAAUUCAUUCCUACGCUUUAGUAGUUGUACAGAGAAAUCGUACAGGCACAACAUAAAUCUUUUAGUCAAGAACUGUCAUUCAGUUUGUGGCAGGUCAUUGUUUAGUUCCUUUUUUCCUUUAUGGUCUGCAAUUAAGAUCGUUGAUUUCUGUCAUUAGAACCUGCUUUUGAGUUUUUCUUUUUGAUAUAUUGUUUAUCUAGUAUGGUCACAGAAGCGAGUUUGAUGUAUGAAGAUCUCAACUGCAGUGCUUAUGCAGUCUAUGUUUUGUAUUUAUGACUGUAUAGUGUAUAUUGGCACUGGGAUAAUUUCAACUACUCAAUUUUCAUAAUUGAAAUUAGAUUUGGGAAACUCUAGUUCAAGUGACUGUCCUCUUUUUCCAUUCAAAAACUUAGGAUUGGAAAUGCAAUAGUUGUCUUGAUUGUUGACUUAUAAAUGUAAAGGGAGUUGUAUGGAAAUUACACUGGCAUUUAGCUUAGGUUCAAUUGCAGGGUAGAAAAGAGUUGGCAGAUUCAGUUUCAUUAGCUAUUAAGAGAAGGAGUUAAAGCUGUAGAAUCAUUUUGUCUACCAGCUAGUGUUCAGUUUAGAUGAGGUAUUGAGAAUCUUUGCUCUUCAAAUUGCUUGAUAACUUUGACAAUGGCAUUUUUCACAUAACAAAAGGGUGCUAAUAUACCAAAAAAUGUGGGUGCAACAGAAAUUUGAUACUCCUAGUCUGCCUCGUUUGAUCCAACUUCUAGGGGGAAUGAUGAAUGCCUUCCUUGCUGCUUGUAUUAAAUGAAAGAAUGCAUUGAAUCGGUUCUAUCACUGUCCUAUUCCAUAUUUGUUAGCUCAGCAUUUUAGCUCCUUUGAGAUCUAACAUCUUCUGCAGUCGGGAAUAGAGCAGCAACAUUACUUCUCAUUGUAAGUAAUUUUUAUAGCUUAAAGAUGUUUUUCUCCCUUUCCCUCCAUGCUUUCUCUUUAUAACAUUGCCAUCUGCAUAAGCCACCAGCAGUGCCUUGAAGCUUUUAGGCACUUAGCUUGGUCCUUAACCUGCCCAAAAUCAAUUUCUCCAUUGUUAUCUUCAUUAUGUUCCUGACCUGGUUUGCAGCUUCUUUUAUUAACAUCUGUGCUGCCACUGCUUUUGGAUCAAAAGCAACUACAUCAAUGAGAUUAAUACAUGAUGUGAGUGGUGACCAGUGUUAUCCGUAACAAACAUGUUUUUAGCUAUUCAAGGAAAGGAUUGGGGAGAAUUAUCCAUUUGGUCAAAAUACCGAGGAAAGGCACUGCAACUGCCUCUAUAUGUGUUCUCUUUUUCUUUUUGCAGAAAGGAACAGGAGAAUGGCAAACUCUGCUGAAUGUUUUCUGAUGAGUCUUGUUAUGAUUGGAAUUCUUAGCCAAGUGACAUCAGAUGCCUUUGACCACAAAUAUAAUAAAGGCGAUCCAGUGCCUCUGUAUGUCAACAAAGUUGGUCCAUAUCACAAUCCUAGUGAAACUUAUCCGUAUUACGAUUUUCCGUUCUGUCCACCAGAUCUCUGGCAAGAGAAGGAGGAAUCUCUUGGGGAGGUGUUGAAUGGAGAUCAUCUUGUUUCUGCUCCAUAUAAUCUGAAUUUCAGGUUAGAUAGGGAAUCUCAUGUUGUUUGUAGAAGAAACCUGACCAGGAAAGAGGUUGCACUGUUCCGAACUGCUGUGUCUAAGGACUACUACUUACAAAUGUAUUAUGAUGACUUGCCAAUUUGGCAAUUCAUUGGGGCGGCUCAGACAAACGAUGUGGACACGUUUAACUAUUAUCUCUUCACAAAAGUCCACUUUGAUAUUUUCUACAGCGGAGAUCGUGUGAUUGAAAUCAACCUGCUAACUGACUCAUCAAACAGGGCUGACUUAACAGAGGACAAGGUUAUUGAUAUUGAGUUCUUGUACAGUGUAAAUUGGAAAGAAACGGACCUGCCUUUUGAUACAAGAAUGCAGAAGUACACAAUGUUUGCACAUUUUCCACUGAACAUGAAAAAACAUCAGUUUGCAAUCACAAAUUCAUUUUGGACGAUUAUCCUCUUAGUUGGUUGUCUGGUUGCAUUAUACGUGCGAGUCCUCAGGAAAGAUUUUAAUGAGUAUGAAAAUGAUGAGGAAUUGGCUGAUAAUCAAGGACACACAGGAUGGAAGAUCAUCCAUAGCGAUGUGUUCCGCUACCCAAAAUAUAACUGUUGCUUAGCUGCAGCUAUUGGUUGUGGAACACAGUUAUUUGCAGUUGUGCUGUCCAUUAUCAUAUUGGGGGUUGCUGGCGUAUUUCAUCCAUAUGACCAUGGAGUUCAGAAGGUUGCAUCGGUCAUCAUUUAUGCAAUAACUAAUGUCAUUGCUGGAUUCACUGCUGUUUCUUUCUAUCAUCAACUUGAAGGAAGUAACUCAGCGAAGAAUCUAUUUCUAGCAGGCUCUCUAUUCUGUGGUCCUCUUUUUCUUACAUUUUGUAUGCUAAACACUGUUGCUGGUAUCUACGAGUCCACAGCAGAGAUUUCCAUGGGCAAUAUUGUGAAGAUUCUUCUUAUAUGGGUUUUCAUAGCUUUGCCAUUGCUUUUGUUGGGUGGGACUCUUGGGAAAAUGACAAAGUCUGAGUUUCAAGCUCCUUGCAGAUCCACAAAGUGUCCUAGAGAAAUACCACCACUGCAUUGGUACAGGGCUGCUCUUCCUCAAAUGGCAAUUGCUGGAUUUCUUCCAUUUAGUGUUUUCUAUAUUGAGCUAUAUCCCAUCUUUGCAAGUAUUUGGGGCUUAAAAGUGUUCACAACGUAUGGAGUACUUUGUGUCUUUUUCAUUUUCCUUGUAACUAUCACGGCUCUUGUGUCAAUUGGUUUGACAUACCUUCAGCUUGCUGCCGAAGACCAUCAAUGGUGGUGGAGGUCCUUUCUUUGUGGUGGCUCAACUGGCUUGUAUGUCUACGCCUAUUGCUUCUUCUUCUACUUUCAAUCAGAAAUGAGCGGUUUCUUACAGACCUCAUUCUUCUUCGGCUACAUGACUUGCAGCUGCUUUGGCCUCUUUCUCCUGCUAGGCACUGUGGGAUUCCGCGCCUCUCUAAUUUUUGUUCGUCAUAUAUAUAGUUCUAUCAAGUUUGAGUAGCUGUUCUUGUCCUGUUAAGCUUCUGAUCGAUCUUUGCUUUGUCAUGUCUGUCUGUAGUUAAAUGUUACAGAGAGAGGUUUCAAGUUCUUGUCUUAGAAGAUCAGUGAAAAUAUAGCAAGUGGAUAAGAGUCACUUUGAAUUGUCAGAGUUAUUUCCAGAAGAAAUGUAUCAUUUCCUGCAUCCAUUUCAAUAUUUCCAGAGUUAAUUCUUCAGUGUAGACUCAAACUCAUGCUCAUUUGUUGAUAAUUCAGGGAGGUUCAUGUUAACAAAUCA